AUGACUACAGACAAUCUUGUAGAACGAAUCGGGCAAAAAAUAGUUGAAAACGCAUCCGCAUCGCGUAAGAAAAGAGAAGUUUCGAGUGCAAAGAGCAUUGCUGUGCUUUUGAGCUGUUCCUGGGUUUGGGUUGUCGAUCGAGACCAGAAGUCAGACGUAAUUGACGUCGCCAAACGAUCGAGCCAAAAAAAAAAGGGUGACGGGCUGACCGGUAACGUUCCGCUGCCGGACACGGAAGACGUAACAAAAACGCUCACAAACGUGCAGACACAGGACGGGAAGCAGUCCAGCACGGUGCUGUUGUUCGAGGCAACAGCGACGUUGCCGCCAACGUCUUUAACGACGUUAUCCUCCUCCUCGAUCAUUUCCUCCAAUUCCUCCCAAACGUUGCCAACAGAGCCAGCAGUGCUACCAUCAGCAACCAUCUUGCAACCGUUCCACGAUCAACCGUCGUCCAGUAUCAGUUCGUUCGGAGUAAUCGGCGAGAGCAAAGGGCGUCAUCGUAUCGACCCGUGCGAUAAACUCUUGUCGGACGGUGCUAGUGGCGUCCGUGGUGGUAGUGGUGGUAAGGAGCGAGACACACUAGACGAGUACAGCGUCAACGCAGCCGUGUCGGGGAAAACCAAACGCCGUAAGCGGCCGGAAGACACGGAGCACCGGUCGGAGUCCGGCGAAAGGCGGCCGGCUAGUACGAGUUCGGACGGGGCGGAGGCCGGAUCGGGGCUGGGGAUCGGGGUGGAGGAACCUUCCGGCAGUUCGGUGCUACCGGAUCUGCCGUUUUCCGGCGACGAUCGCAGCAAGGAGCUGACCGACGGUAACGAUUCGGCAACGACGACGACGACGACGACACGCAUUAUUGCGGAAGGGGAAGGUGCCGAUCCCGCCCACUUGUCCGGCACAACCGAUAUCGAGCCCACCAGAUCGGGAAACAGCAACCACGAGAAGGAAGCCGAGGAAGAGGAGCAAGAGCAGCCGCGACAGGAGGCCGGUGAUAGCAAGUCGUGCGACGGUAGCAUCACACCGUGUAAGCGCAGCAGCGCCGACAGCAGCAGCACGUGCGGGUCAGAAAGCGGUGGUCGGGCGGCGGGUGGCAUCGCUGGUGGUGGGGUAGCCGAGCGGCCGGACCGGCUCGAACCAGAGGACGACAAUCAGCCGCAGGAUCAGGAACAGGAGGUACGGUUGCCCGGCCGUGACACCGCAGACACCAUGCCCGUACGCGUCGACAUCGUGCCGCCGCCACCAAACAACUCCAAACAGCUCGGCGUCACAAAAUCCCUGCUCUACAACGGUUCCAAGUUUCGCGGCUCACAAAAAUCGAAAGGAAACGCUUACGAGGUGGAGGUGGUACUUCAGCAUGUUGACGAAGCAAAUUCUUAUCUGUGCGGUUAUCUUAAAAUCACCGGACUUACGUUCGAAUUUCCCACCCUAACGACCUUCUUCGAUGGCGAAAUCAUAUCGCGAAAGUAUCCCUUUCUGACACGCAAAUGGGACGCGGAUGAGGAUGUAGAUAGAAAGCAUUUUGGAAAAUUUGCUGCCUUCAGCGAGUACCAAAAGACGUUCAAUUCGGACGACUUUGAUUACGAUGCGCUCGCAAAGAGUGAUUAUGUUUUUAUGCGCUGGAAGGAACACUUUCUGGUACCUGAUCACAAGAUAAAAAACAUCAAUGGAGCGUCCUUUGCUGGGUUCUAUUAUAUUUGCUUCCAGAAAUCGCAAGCCGUUAUGGAGGGUUACUAUUAUCAUCGCUCUUCAGAAUGGUAUCAAUCGUUAACCCUGCAACAUGUAGCUGAAUCCUGCAUUCAAAUCUACGAGUUUAGAUAAUUUUGCUUCGUGCAAAACCACCAAUCUACCAACCAACAAAGGGGCAUGCAGCAGACAAAACACACCCUUCCGCAUCCCCCAAUCCCCCUCUUCUUUCUCUCUCUCUCACCCGCCCUCCCUGCCUCGUUCCCCUAAACCCAUCUUCCGCCGUUCAGCCUCUGUUGUCCUCACACUCUUUGUUUUGCCGCCUCAUUUUACCUUUAUAUAACAUAACACACUAGCUUGUUUGACAUUUCCAUUUAAAACCGUAUUGGGUUCGAAACAAUACGGUGGAGAAACCGUACGUAAUGUUUACGAUCCCUCGAAGCACACACCGAGUGAAGGUAGUUCAGGUUUAGAGGGGGUAGGGUCCGCGUCGCCGAACCAAAUACCGACAACGAAUCAGAUCAAGUAGAGAAUGGUGCUAUUGGGACGGGGGGAGGGGUUGUUAAAACAAUUUUGUGUUUUGGUAUGUCAAGCUCGAUUGCUCACUGUGCAAUUUUUCGUAAUAUUCAAAUUAAACAUAAUUUAAACCCUUUGACUUUGGUUUUAUCGUGCCCAUUGCUUUGUCAAAUGAAUCAAAAUAUUCAACAUUCACACAACAAUGUUGAAUACCAAAACCAUUAUGCUUCUUUUAUUCGUUUGUUUGUUGCAUCUCUGAGUCGUUAAUUAUGGCUUGUCUGUGUCAUAAUGAUUAUUUCUCAUUUAAUACCAUCGUCAUUACUGUUUGUAAGCGCUUCGUGGUAACAAGAUUGCCGGUCGAAGUAAUGCCUACCGGGUCCUAGAUUAGUUUUGACGUACCGGGAACAUAAACACGCGUUGAAAAGCAUGGUCACUAGCACAACGAACAAAACGAGCCUAUCCGUCUUGGACCAUCGUACGUGCGUUUAUUUAUCUCCAAAAACAUACUCAUGCCAUUUGUUAGCAGCCGUUUCGGGUGCGUUAAUGUUCUAGACCGAAUACGCAUACGAUGUAUGGAAUGGGUUUUUUUUUUCGUGGAUGGCAGUGUUUCAAAGCACUC